UCAUUUAAAAUAAGCCAACAAAAGUAUUUUAAUUAAGCGAAAACAACCCCUUGGUUGUGAAUACACAUCUUUUUAAUCAUCAAUAUCAACUCAGGCACAUUUCUGGGCAGCUUACACACUGCCCGGUCCUGUCCCACGUUGUGUUCGCAGGAAGACAGUGACCGUCCUCUGAUGGCUGCUGUCUUGUAGUCCACACAUUUACACUGCUGUGUGUGACAUGGAGCGACAGUAGCACCGGUCUCAGACGCAGCCUACAGACGGAGCUGACCUCCGGGAUACAGACCCCUCGCAGCGAUGUCAGUGAGCCGCUGUGUGUCUCUGUUUUCUCGGCUUCAACGCCGCAUUAGCGCGCAGCCUGUCCGCUGCACCGCCCUCAGCUGUCAUGUGUCUCCCGGCUCUGUUUUCUUACAUCAACCACACCAGGCUGGUGCUGUGGUUUGCAGCAGAAAGGUUUCAUCGAACAGCUCUUCUCCAAAACCCCCGGACACCUCUCUGUUUGUGCCGGUCUCUCUGAAGACUGACACUCCUGUGGAUGGGAGUGUGGGAGCAGAGCUGACACAGCCGCUGGAUAAAAGUGAACUGCUCAAAAUUAUGAACCGGUUUUAUAAGAGGAAGGAGAUGCAGAAGCUGGCAGCAGACCACGGGCUGGAUGCACGUCUAUUCCACCAGGCCUUCAUUAGCUUCAGGAAGUAUGUCCUGGAAAUGACAUCACUCGCCGCCGAACUGCACAUCAUCCUCAGUGACAUCUGCUACGGAGCUGGUCACGUAGAUGACAUCUACCCAUACUUUAUGCGUCAUGCUAAGCAAAUCUUUCCUAUGCUUGACUGUAUGGAUGACCUGAGAAAGAUCUCAGACCUCAGACUUCCUGCUAACUGGUACCCUGAGGCUCGCGCCAUCCAGAGGAAAGUGGUUUUCCAUGCUGGUCCCACUAACAGUGGGAAAACGUACCACGCCAUCCAGCGCUUCCUGUCUGCCAAGUCUGGAGUCUACUGUGGCCCCCUGAAACUACUGGCCCACGAGAUCUUUGAGAAGAGCAACACUGCUGGUGUUGCGUGUGACUUGGUUACCGGAGAGGAGAGGUCCUUCAUGGACCCUGAGGGUCGAGCAGCUGGUCAUGUGGCUUGCACCAUUGAGAUGUGCAGUGUCACCACGCCUUAUGAGGUGGCUGUAAUUGAUGAAAUUCAAAUGAUCAGAGAUCCUUCCAGAGGCUGGGCCUGGACAAGAGCACUGCUGGGUCUCUGUGCAGAUGAGAUCCAUGUGUGCGGUGAAUCUGCAGCCAUAGACUUUAUCAGAGAGCUGAUGUACUCCACUGGAGAGGAGGUGGAGGUUCACAACUACCAGCGUUUAACUCCAUUCUCAGUCUUGGAUCAGGCUGUGGAGUCAUUAGACAACUUGAGACCAGGAGACUGUGUCGUCUGCUUUAGCAAAAAUGACAUCUACUCCAUAAGCAGACAGAUUGAGGCCAGAGGACUCGAAUGUGCCGUGAUUUAUGGAAGCUUACCUCCAGGCACCAAGCUGUCACAGGCCAAGAAGUUCAAUGACCCUGAAGACCCCUGCAAGAUACUGGUUGCUACAGAUGCUAUUGGAAUGGGCCUUAACUUGAGUAUAAAACGCAUCAUCUUCAACAGUCUGAUAAAGCCUAAUACUAAUGACAAAGGCGAGAAACAGAUGGAGACCAUCAGCACAUCUCAAGCCCUGCAGAUAGCUGGCCGUGCGGGGAGGUUCUCCUCCAAGUUUAAAGAGGGAGAAGUUACCACCAUGUACAGAGACGAUCUGCCCAUUCUGAAGGAAAUACUCAGCCACUCUGUGGACCCCAUUGAGACUGCAGGUCUCCAUCCUACAGCAGAGCAGAUAGAGAUGUUUGCCUAUCAUCUACCUGAUGCUACACUAUCAAACCUUGUUGACAUAUUUGUCAGCCUCUCUCAGGUGGAUGGUGUGUAUUUUGUCUGCAACAUUGACGACUUCAAGUUCCUGGCUGAUAUGAUUCAGCAUAUCCCACUGAACCUGAGGUCACGCUAUGUCUUCUGCACUGCUCCCAUCAACAAGAAACAACCUUUUGUUUGUACUUCUUUUCUAAAGUUUGCCCGUCAGUUCAGUCGAGAUGAACCUCUGACGUUUGACUGGGUCUGUCGCCAUGUCAACUGGCCUGUGGCUCCACCCAAAAACAUAAAAGACCUGGUUCACUUGGAAGCUGUUCAUGAUGUGUGCGAUCUUUACCUCUGGUUAAGCUACCGUUUCAUGGACAUGUUUCCAGACACUGCCUUGGUUCGAGAAAUCCAGAAGGAACUCGAUGAUAUCAUCCAAGAGGGUGUCCGAAAUAUCACCCGUCUCAUCAGAGCCACUGACCCAGCCAUCACCGACCCCCUGCAGACACAGGCCAGCAGGCGAGGCCGUAGUGGAACUGCCAGCAGUAAUUAUCUGACCAGCAGCAAAGGUCAAAGGGGACAAAGAGAUUCAGGAGAGGUGAGUGACGGCUCUCUGGCUGGCCGCCUGGUGAAAGACGGGCUGUUGACUCCUGAUUUGCUCAGGCAGCUGCAGAGGGAGUGGUCAGAGCAAAAACCGAAUCCCACCAAUCAGAGAGCACUCGAUACAGAAGCUCACCAUAAUAACAACAAAGGGAGGAGGAAGAAGAAGAAAUGAAGACGAAAACAAUUAUGUGCUGACUGUUGCACGUGAUCAGCGCUGUUCCCAUGGAGAUCAAUAACUUGGAUAACAUCUGGCGGUUUGUUUGAAAUUCAUCGCGAUUAGAAGCAGUUAAAAGGGAUUUAUUGAAUAAAAACACAGAAUUGGAACAUUUAGACAAGAGCAAUGUGUUUGAUUAUGAUCAGCUGAGAUAGAGUUGAGAUUUACACCAGAAAACUGUGUUAUUAAAAAGUUAUCAUGUCACUAUUUUCCACUGCGGGGCUCAAAUUGUAUGUUUUCUGACAACACACAAUAGUACAAACUGUAACUAGUGCUGGAAAAUUAGUUAAUGUACGUAAAUAUACUUCCUGUGAACUACUGGCUGCUCUGUUAGCAAAGCUGAAGGACCAAGUAUGCAGUUAGAAUCACCAUGGCAACCCGAAAACUGCCUGUACGUUCAUUUAAAACUGUCAAAUUAGCUCAACAACAAACUUUGCCGACACAUUAUUGUCCUGCUUGAGCCACUGCUGGUCAACAGUUUUGACUUACCACAAUGUUUGAGUGGACACUCAGGCUGUCGUUAAUGCUGAUGAAGCAUUGUGAUCACGAAACACUUUGAAAUGUUCUCUGUGUGAAUCAGUUUACUUUUAUUUUGCUCAGUAUAGUCCAAUGUAAAACCACCAGAACCACAUGUUUGAUAUGGGCAAUGACUUUGAACUGAACUGAACUGGAGUGCAGCCCUGUUAGUGUCUAUAUACAGAUGAGAUGCUAUAUUUUGUAUUUGUAUAUUUAACAUGAUGAUAGUUGUCAAUAAAAAAUGGCUCUGUU